GACAAAAUAGCGAGCGAAAACCAGCCCGCUAGCGCAGCCAGCCCGGACCAAUCACAUUCAAGGUUAUAAUACCAGAUAUUGCGCUGCGCACACGAGAUCCAUGACAGGCCGGCAAUCCCGCGCUACUCUCGAGCACUUGCUUAGAUACAGAGCAAGGUCAUACUGUGGCCGUUUGGAUAUAUAAAGCCAUUCGUCGAAUAAACACUAUAACUUAAGUGUUGAAAAUGUCUUCUCAUGGGAAAUACGACGAGCUACCCACAACGGACGUGCUGGUGAACGAUAUUGAUGAGGGAAUUGAUAUUGUCUCGGUGACUAUCGAAGAUAUCACGGACAAGGUAAGAGUUUCUCUUUUCCGAUUUACGAUAAUUUAUGUAGUUGCUUGCGUGAGUGGUAGGCAUGUGGAAGUGACUUUCUUCUCUCGUCAACCAGGCCCGAGGGCUAACUACUGGACCACCACUCCUAAGUAAUGGUUUGCUGACAACGGACAACCUCCAGGGUUCGAAAGACUCCGGUUUUUCCUCUCGAGUGUCCGAAGUCGAUGGAGCUGAGACCGAAGAAGACAGGUCACGGCGCUCACUUCUAAAGGAGCAUAGGAAGGAAUUGGCAUCACGUCUCACACGGAUUUCUGAGUGCCAAAAUGGUGCGUUUAAUUUUUUUGGUUAAUUUGCUUCAGACUUCAGUCACCAACAAAAAUGUUCAUAGUUUCAAAAAUAAUGCAAAAAACCAAAAAAAAUAUAUUUCUUUUUCGCUGUCACUGUCACAAGAGUAGUGUCACUCGAUUUUUGAAUUUUUGCGUUCUCGUGAGUCCGAUUGUUAACAAUACUUUCAUGACUGUGACUAUGACUUAUUCACUAUCUGGUGAGAUUUUGUUUUCCUCUUCAACAAUUAGGCUACUCCGUCCCAUUACUCAUUGCUCCUCUAAUUUUGAAUGAGAGCCGCUACAAUCAACCCAACCCCCAUGUAUGAAUCGUUUCAGAACGCCGAUGUAUUUAAUCCUGUACCAAUGCCAAUGAUAAAGAUACUGUUUUUAUUGAAGAUUCAAUUCAAGCACCGAUUUUCCCCCCUCUCAAGUAGCCUAUUAGUAUUAGUAGGCGCCUAUUUUUAACAAACUUUGUAUUAUUAAGUACUACUUAUCUAAAUUUCAUCAUCACUUAGCGAUAAUAUCGUUUACGAUAAGAUAGCCCCACCCCGACUUGUCUAAAUAUAAACAAAGACGCUUUUUAGCCCACAAUUAUUUAUUAUUAAGGAAGGAAAACAAUACUCGAUUGUACAAGCGAAAAUACAUCUUUAUGCCGGUUUCCACACGUGGGAAACCGGUAAAGAUUGGAUGAUCGUCGCUCUCUUCCCGUGAGGCGCACGCAUUCCGUUCAGCCCUGUCUAAACCGGUUUGAACCCGUUAGUCGUACAAUGGUAACAGUUGUACGUUGCCGGUUGAGCUCAAUACUAAAAAUGGCCAUUGACGUGUAUUAGAGAUCCGCCUGGCGGUCUAUCCACGUGUAAAAAAAAAAUUAAUUGAAAACAGUUCAAUUUCAUUACAAUGAUUAUGAUUAUUAAAUCCCAAGUAAUAGGAAGUAGUUCCGUACUGACAGUUACGAAAGAAUUUAAUCCAACCUGAUAGUAUAGCCUACCCUAAUAAUAAGUAAGCCUAAUAAUAAGUAAUGACAAUUAUUAUAGUAUAGAGGCCCUGAAAAGGGUGUAAUAUUUUAAACAGAAAACUAUUAAUAAAACUUUAGUUUUAUGGGGUAAAAAUUUGAAAUGACAAUUUUCGCAUACAUUAUAAAUAAAUAAAAUCGAAGUGGGUAUUUUUUAAUCGGACCCGGCUAUCAUAAGUGAAAGGUUGGAAUUGUAGGUGUAGGGUUUGUAAGAUAAAAUUUGGUAUCAAAUGAAAGAUAAUUGAAUGGACUAUUGACUAUUUUUGUGAAGUUCUUCAGAUUAAUUAAAAUAAACUACACUACCACAAAUGACGUCCCAAUAGCAUUUAGUCUAAAGGGACCCUGGUCCGAAUAGCCGCUGCCAAAUAAAAACGCUUGUACUUUUUUUAUUUCCCCCCUCCCUUCAACUAUUUUCUGAAAUAGCCUGACCUGAUACUGUAACUGUAGUGUCCCAACAACUUUUGAUUGUAUGUGUAAAAUUCAGGAUUCUUUUAAGCCUAUUAUUACAUAGCUAUCAUUUUAGUUUUUAUUUCCUUAAUUACUUUGAGGCUUCGUUUAUAGUACCCACAUACACAAUUUUAAGUAACUUAGUUCAGCGUGUAUUGAGGAUAGGCAUAAUAAUUUUGUUAGCUUAUCUUUCAGGCUCAUAGGUGAGUAAACAUGUAUGUGAUCCUUAUUAACAUGUAUACAAUGUGAUACUUUCCUCAGUGAUAAUUUUUAUCCUAAAAGCAUAUUGAUGAAUGUUUUUAAAGUAUGUUUUUCCGUUACAAAUUAUUUGUAUCUAAACAAUAUUUACUCAGUACACCUAAAUAAUGUGAUUGAUUUGUGCCUUUUUCUGAUGACCCCUUUAACACUAUUGUUUUAUUUUCCCCUUAUAGAUGAAGGGUGUAAGUGCACACCAAAGGCUGCAACUAUUAAUGUUAUCAAGGUCUUGGGAGUUAUCCUGCUGCUCUAUGUCUUCAUCUGUACCUUGGAUUUACUUAGUAAUGCCUUCAGAUUGCUUGGAGGAAAAACUGCAGGUAAAAUUGAAACACACACACACACACACACACACACACCCCCCCCCCCCCACCCCCACUCCCCAAUGUGAUUUCCAUUCAUUUAUUUAAAAAGGUCCUUUAUUAUUUUUGUUUAUAUAUAGAGAGAAAAUUAUGAGCAAUUUUUUAGGAUUAGGAUCACUUAACUUCUACUCUGCUGGUAUUCAAGCACUUGAUUUGUUUGAGGUUUAAGAAUUAUUUCUAUAUUAUUUUUUUUUUUAGGCAGUGUGUUCCAGGAUAGCAAGCUUCUUGCAAACCCAAUUACAGGCCUAAUGAUUGGUGUACUUGCCACUGUUAUUCUUCAGAGCUCUUCAACUUCCAGCUCCAUUGUCAUAACUAUGGUGGCAUCAAAGAGUAAGCUACUUUUAGUUUAUAAUGAAAGCUCCUUUUUUUUGUGUGUAUGUUUGUGUAAAUAUUUUUUUAUGGACAGUCUACUUCUGGUCCAAAUAUAUUAAUUUGAACUCUUUGAGCCAUGACCUUGUAAAUGUCUUUUUAGUGUGAAGUUGCCUAAGACAUUUUAUUUAGGGCAUACAAUUUCACUAGGUAACCAUGGUUCUUUUUUUUUUUUUUUUUUUUUUAAAUUUAAUUAGCGCAAUCAGAUCUUUUACCUUAAUUAUUUUUAAGCUUGUUUUUUUUUUAAAAAUUUUUUUAUUUUUUUUUUUAGUUUUUUUUUUUUUUUUUGUUUUUUUUUUUUUUUUUUUUUUUUUUUUUUUUUAAAUUUAAAUAGCGACAUCAGAUCCUUUACCAUAAUUAAUUUUAAGCUUGCUUUUUUUUUAAAAAAUUUUUUAUACAUAUAUAUUAUAACCACCAACUUCAUUCUAGUGCAUCUCUGGCAUAGUGGUUAGGUUGUCUUGGUGGGAAUGAGCUAAGUCAUCGUUGUUACCCUGCCCUGUCAUAUUAAAUUUUGUCAAAUCAUUUUAUCUCAUCAGUUAUUGAUUUGCAUCCUGCCAUCCCUAUCAUCAUGGGAGCUAACAUUGGUACCACUGUGACAAACACACUUGUCUCACUUGCCCACUCUGUGAAUCGCAAAGAGUUCCGCAGAGCUUUCAGUGGGGCUGUGGUAAGAUUAUUAACUAAUUCUAACGUAAAGACCCUAUUCAGCAGGAAAAACAAUAACUUAAACCAUGGGGGUUGGUAGGGAUCCUUCUUCAGUAGUAUUUCUCUUUGUGGUACAUGGACUGUUACUUAUGUUUGUUUUUUUUUUUCCUCUCAUAGGUUCAUGAUGUUUUCAAUUGGCUAACUGUCCUUGUGUUACUGCCUUUGGAAUAUUUCACAGGUAAUUAAUACAUAUAUAUAUAUAUAUAUAUAUAUAUAUAUAAAUCACCCUUGUUUAGACAAAUGGGCUGCUUGAUCAGCCAAAUAAUAAAAGCCUGGAUAAUCGCUGGCUCUUCCUCCUACCAGCUAAUCAGAUUGCUUCUGGCAUUUCUUACUCAUCUGCAUUUAAAUGGCUGUUCUAUUGAAACAAUUUAUAUUUUGUUAAUUAUCAAUUAUUUUAUUUUGUGGCAAGCUAUUUCAUUAUAGUAAAGAAUUGUAGCUGCAUAAAGGAAAAAAUCAAUUUUAAAUGAUGCGGUUUAAAGAAGCGGUUCAAAAAUAUACCUGGUAGUGAUGAUAUAAACAUUUAUCAAUCUCUUUUUUUUUUAUUUUAUUGCUAAUUUUUUGUGAUCAUUGUGAGAGACACCACCAUAUUAAGCAUGGUUCAAUUUAUUUCAGACUAUUUACUUUGGAAAUUAAGAUUUUAUGUUUCAGGAGUAAAUAUACCCCUACAUUAGUCAUUUUUACAAUGUUUUCAUUCUGUUCAAUUUGCAGGUUACCUGUAUCAUCUGACUGGUGCCAUUGUCAAUAGCCUUGAUAUUGAUCACAUGAGAGCCAAAAACCAGGAUUUGUUGAAGACAAUAACCAAGCCACUAACAAGCAAAAUUGUGCAGGUUUGUUGUCUUCUAUUUUAUAAUAUGCUGAAGAUUUUAGCGAAGGUGAUAUGUGCAUAGUAACUGGUCUAAUAGGUAUUGUACCUGUAGUUUAUGGUUCUUACUCGAAUAAAACUCGUAAUAAAGAAGUCUAUCAGCUAUUUGCAGCAAUAAAGGCAUCUUUUGGUGUAUGAAGUAUUGCUAAGAAGAUGGUUAGAAUUAAUAUAUUAUUUUUUUUAAAUAUUUUUUUAAAAUCUACUUUUUCAGAUUGAUGAGAAUGUAAUUACUAGCAUUGCAGAGGGAAAGAUGGAGUUUGCCAAUAAGUCUGUUCUAAAGGUAUUUAACAUGAUUCUACUUUGCCAAUGAUGCCUAAAUUUCUCUUUGAUUCCCAUAUAGACGCCAAUAACAACUCUGUAACUGUCAAGUGCAUUUGUCUGUGGCAUCAAGCCAGUUUUAGCAUUUUCAUAUGGUUGUAGAAAAUGAAAGGAUGUACUUAAUUAAUUCAGAGACCCUUACUUAUAAGUAUACCUUUUCCGAAAGUACAUUAGACAAGGUAUGAAAAGAAUUUUUUUAAAAUUAUAUGUAUGUUGAUAUUGAGUGAAUACAAUUUUAAUACCGGUACUUAACUAACAUCUGCAUUCAACCCAAACAUAAAUAUAUAUAUUUUUUUUGCACAUCAAGUUUUCGAGAUACUAAAUUUUUUUUUAGAAUAUGUCAAGUUAUAGGUACCAGGUACUUUUCAUUUUGGUGAAUUUCUUUCAUUUACGAAGCUACAUACCAAUUUUUCAAUUUUUUUUUAUUAAUUAAUACUCCAGAACAUGCUCAAACAUAAAUGUCUUUGAAUCUCUUGGGUAGGUCUUUGGUAUCCAAUCUUUCUGUUAGAUUUCCACCCUUUCCCAAACAAAUUUGUAUGUAACAAUUCAAUUAAGCUUAGGGCUAAAUGUUUCAAUUUUAAGUCUUAUAUCGCAAUCACCGCCUGAGUUAAUACUGUCAUUACUGCCGCUUGGACAUCUCCAAAAUUAUUGGAUUCAUUUUAAUCCAUUUGAAAUGUUUCAACCAAAAAAAGAAAAACAGUUGAUUUCGAGCGGCGCCUUCUCCAGCAUCAGACAUAAUGGGUCAAUUCAUAUAAAAGAUUGAGGAAAUUUUGCACCCGAUUAAUCACAAUACAAACCCCGAUUAAAGCAUGUUAUCACACAUUUAGAAAUAGGAAGCAAACCAAUUCAUAUAAUAUCCCCAUAACCAUUAUUAUAUUCAUUAAAUGAUUGGCAUUUUUAAUGACUAUUUUGCAAACAGCAGAUGAUCAAACAUUAUGACAGUUAUAGGGUAUAAAUAAAAAUCCUUUCAAUUACAAAAAUAAUUAUAAUUAAACAAUCGUUUCAACUAUUUGUAUGAUUUCUCUCAAACUAUAAGUUCAAGUUGUUUUUUACAAACCCAUCAUUGCAUUGUCUUUUAGUUCUGUUAUUUUUCUGAACAGAUGAACUGUAAGUUGCCAGUAGUAAGUGAAGUUGUGCUGAUGAAUGAAACAAUGUUUGAUAACACAACUGGUGAGUCCACUUGGUCGCUGGUGAACCGUACUGUGGAAAGGAACCCUGUUGAAAACUGUAAGUUUGCUUUUUAAAAUUCACAAUUCAUCUAAGGGUGCUUUGGACCAGAUUGCCAUAUUUUAAUUUCAAAGAAAAUUUAAUGGCAAUUUACUAUUUAAAGAAAUUAAGAAUCUUUAUAGUCUAACUUGAACCUUCUGUUUUGUUUUUGGCUUCCACUUGAUUAAUUUAGUCCAACCUUUGAUUGGUGGGCUUUUUGAUAUAAGAAUCUUUUAAUAACUUUUGUAAUUCUUUCCUCCUUCUUUUUUUAGGUGGCACUUUGUUUAACAUGAUUGGCUGGAAUGAUACCUCUUCUGGAAUUCUCUUGUUCUUCUGCUCCAUAAUUUUUCUCUCCCUCUGCCUCUACCUGAUGGUGAAACUACUGCAUUCACUCCUUGGUGGACAAAUUGCCAAAGCUGCCCGAAAGACUAUCAAUGCUGACUUCCCAAGGCCCUUCCACUGGCUGACUGGAUACGCUGCAAUUAUUGUUGGUGCUGGAAUGACCAUUUUGGUCCAGAGUAGCUCAGUGUUUACCAGUGCUCUUACCCCAUUGGUUGGCAUUGGAUGUCUGAAAAUAGAACGCAUGUUUCCUUUAACGUUGGGCUCCAAUAUUGGUACCACAUUUACAGGCAAGUUUGAUUUUAAUAGAUUUUGUUUUAUAACAUUUUCUAAAUAGCUUUCCUUUAAAUUAGAUAUUCACAUGCCCACCUUAAAUCUAAUUAUAUAACUGCUUUCUGCAAUUUUGUAAUCUUUUUUUAACACUUAUUUUCUUUCAGGCAUUCUUGCUGCUUUGGCUUCUUCACCAGAUUCCUUAUCCACUGCUCUUCAACUUGCAUUCUGUCAUUUGUUCUUCAAUAUUACUGGAAUUCUGCUGUUCUACCCAAUUCCCAAGAUGCGUCAAAUCGUGAUUGGGACCGCAAAAUAUCUGGGCCGUACGACUGCAGAAUACAGAUGGUUUGCAAUUGCAUAUUUAGUUUUCAUGUUCCUCAUUUUUCCAGGCUUUUUCUUUGCUGUUUCAUUUGCAGGGAAGGUUGUUUUCAUCAUUGUCAGUUGCCUGAUAGCUUUCAUUGCAUUGUUUAUUUUGGUUCUCAAUGUAAUGCAGAAGCAUGAAAAGUUGAGGAGGUUCUUGCCAGUCUGCAUGCAAACAUGGAACUUUUUACCAGAAUGGAUGCGAUCUCUGGCACCUGUCGACAGGUGCAUGCAUAAAAUAUUUGAAAAGUGUUGCUGCCAGUGUUGUAAGAAACUGAAGUGCAUGCAGAAUGUAGAUGUAGACAUGGGUUCUAUAGACAGCGACAGUGAUAUUGAUUCCUCAGUUCAGUCAUCCUAUCUUCCCUCAGCCGCAUCCUCCAAGAUCUUUCUUUCCUCACAAUCUUGCACUACCCUACGCUUAUCUGAAUCAAGUAGGAGAAUUUAUAAACCUGCCUCUAGAAGAAGCAGUUUAAGAAAGUCACCUUUGCUUUUGGAGAGGAAAGUUGCAGCCAUUGAAGAGUCUUGUGUUUCAAGGAAAUCGCCCUCUCUUGGGGAUAGAAAACCCACUGCAGAAGAGGCGCAACAAAAUCUUUUAAGUAACCCAGAACAAGGGAAAGCUGCAUUUUACAUAUCACCUUCAGAAAUAGAUCUUCGGAGGCCAGAGCUUGAAUCUGAAGACUCAACAAUUGUUGAUUUGAAAACUAAAACUGUUUAUUUGGACAAAGAAAGUGUGAUCUGAUCCUAGAUAGUAUUUAUAAAUUCAACUCUAAGAGUUCGAAUAGGAAUUCAUCUAUUUGAACCCAUAACUUAUUCCAGCUUUAAAGGGAUCUACAUCAAAAAAUGCUGCAACAGUGGCAGCCUUAUUAUGACCCAGCGAGUGUUUGGAAAAUAUCCCGUCAUAGCUAAAUGCCUCUGGUGCGGAUCCAUCCAUCAAUGCAUUAGUGGAAUAAUCUGCCUUUCAUUAAAUUAUCUUAAGAAAAUUUAAAGGAACCUGUAACCCUCAGCCCUUUUCCAUACCCCCACUCUUAACUGUGCUUCCUGAUGAAUAGACCAAUGUAAAAUGUCAGUAUUAUCAUUAUCGUUUCUGAUGUUUAUUACUAGAUUUUCUUGCUUUAAAAACAUGAGACUUGCCCUAUGCCAUUCCAAGAAUAUAGGUACCAGAUUUUUUUUACAUUUCAUACCUUAUCAUUCCACUGAGUAGAUUAACAUGACAAAUUAAUGAGCUUCUUGUGACAUGGGAGUUUUAUUGGGACUUUUGAAAACUUUGAUGAUUAGGGAAUGUGUAAUGGGUUGUUAAACUUAGCUAGUUUCCGUUUAAUCAAAUGAUCUCUUUAAUAGGGGUGUGCCGGAUCCGUUUUUUCCAACCGGAUCCGGAUCCGGAUUUUCUUAUGCGAAAUCCGCCGGAUCCGGAUUCCGGUUUCUCCCGGAUUCCGGAUUUUGGUACUAUUGGUAGAUACUUCGGUAAGUCAAGGUGGACUACUACUUUUUGUGUAUGGGAAUUCGCAAUCGGCGCCAAAAAAUCCGAGUUUUUAAUUUUCCGAUGUGUGUGUCUAUUUAUUAUUAAAUUAGUACUUUCGAUAUAUAUUUGAGUUCCGUU